AUGACCGGCGCGGACGCGGACGACGACGACCACGUCGAGAUCGUGACGUUCACGAUCGAAGAGGCGUACGUCUACGCGAUUCCCCCCACGGCGACGCACGCGGGUCACCGAGCGGACAGCUGGGACGUCGAGAAGUGGCUCCGAGCGGUGCGCGUCAAAGUCACCAGUCGCGGCUCGCGAGCGUCGAUAAAAUUGCUCGACGUCGAGUCCGGCGAGCUCUUCGCGGAGUGUCCGCUGCCGAAAGACGCGAAGGUCGCGACCGUCGUGGAGCCCGUCAUCGACAGCUCGAGGUACUUCGUCCUGCGCGUGGAGGACGAGGCGACGCGGCGGCACGCGUUCUUGGGGUUGGGGUUUCGAGAGCGCGACGCCGCGAGCGAUUUUAAGCUCGCGGUGCAAGAGCAGCAGCAGCAGAGGGAUCGAGAGAGGACCGCGGCGGCGCUCGCGGAGGAGCGCGAGAGAGCCGUCGCGGCCGCGGCCGCGGGCGGCGGUAACGGCGGUGACGGCGGCGGCCCGCCGAGGCUGCACGAUUACUCCUUGAAAGGGACGAUCAACAUCAACGUGUCGUCGAAGCUCGUCGGACGCGAACCGCACGCGAAGAGAGUCGCGGGGGGCGCGGCGGCGACCGCGGCGACCGCGACGAUCGCGCCGCCGCCGCCGGGCGCGCCGAUCCCGGUGCUCGCGCCGCCGCCGGGGGGGUUCCCGCCGCACAUCGAAAACCGGGUCGCUGGGAUGAUACGGUCGCCGACCGCGGGCGCGGGGAUGGGCGCGGCGCCGUCGCCGGCGAGCAUGAGCGUGACGCCGCCGCCGCCGCCGCCGCCGCCGCCGCCGGCGGACGACGCGGGCGGGGGGUGGGCGACGUUCGACGACCCGCCGGCGUCGAACGCGGGCGGGGGCGACGACUGGGCGGACUUCCAGAGCUGA